AUGUGCUACAUUAGUGAAUGGCCUAAAAGGUUUCUGAAAAUAUUUAUUCAACAAUAUAGUCAUUAUCAGGUUGAUCUGUUAGUUGAUAAUGAAGCAGAAAAAGAUUAUCUCUAUGAUGUGCUGCGGAUGUAUCACCAAUCCAUGAAUCUUGCAGUGUUGGUGGGAGAUCUGAAGUAUGUAAUCAAUGAACCAAGUCGACUGCCAUUGUUUGAGGCCAUCCGUCCUCUUAUCCCAUUAAAACAUCAAGUAGAAUAUGAUCAGUUGACACCCAAAAGAACUAGAAAACUGAAAGAGGUGAGGUUGGAUCGUCUGCAUCCUGAAGGCCUUGGAAUAAGUGUGCGAGGAGGUGUUGAAUUUGCCUGUGGCCUUUUUAUUUCUCAACUAAUGAAAGGUGGACAAGCAGAUAAUGUUGGUCUUCAGGUUGGAGAUGAGAUAGUUCGAAUUAAUGGAUACUCCAUUUCCUCUUGCACCCAUGAAGAAGUGAUUAAUCUUAUUCGCACAAAGAAAACUGUGUCUAUAAAAGUGAGACAUGUUGGCAUGAUACCUGUCAAAAGUUCUCCUGAUGAGCCUCUCAAGUGGCAGUUUGUAGACCAGUUUGUAUCGAAUCCUGGGGAAGGUAAAAGCAGUGUUGCAGGACUUGCAUCAUCUGGAGGAAAAAACCAUAAAGAAAAGAAAGUUUUCAUAAGCUUGAUUGGUACAAAGGGAAUGGGGUGCAGUAUUUCCAGUGGUCCGACACAAAAACCAGGCAUUUUCAUCAGCAAUGUGAAACCACAUUCUCUAUCUGCAGAAGUAGGGUUAGAGGUUGGUGAUCAGAUUGUUGAAGUAAAUGGAACAGACUUUUCUAAUGUGGAUCACAAAGAGGCUGUGAAGGUGUUGAAAAGCAGUCCAACCCUGACUAUCACCGUUGUAACAGGAGCAGGAAGGGAGUUGUUUAUGACCGAAGAGGAGAGGCAGCGGGAGGAGUAUCAUCAUGAGAUGGAGCGCCAAGAGCUAAUGCGCCAGAAGCGACUUGCACUGGAGACAAAUAAAAUCCUGAAAGAGCAGCAAGAAAAAGAAAAAAUACGAAAACUGGAGAUUGCACAGAAGGCUGCUGAGGAAGAAGAAAGAUACCGUAAAGAAAUGGAACAGAUAACUGCAGAAGAAGAGAAAUUUAAAAAGCAAUGGGAAGAAGACUGGAGCCAUAAAGAGCCAUCAAAGCCUCCCAAAACUGUAGUUGCAGAAGUACAUCCUCCCCCUCGACCUAAACAUCGAACUUUUGGAUGGUUUUAUCGGUAUGAAGGGAAAUUUCCCACAAUUCACAAGAAAGGUAAAGAGAAAAAGAAAUCCAAAAGUGACAGUCUCAGUGAACAGAAAAAGAGUAAAAAGGAACUGGAGUUUGAGCUAAAACUUCUCGAGGAAAAAGAAGAGAAGUUGGAGAGAGAAAAACAGCUGAAAAUCAACCGACUUGUACAAGAGGUAUCUGAGACUGAGCGAGAAGAUUUAGAGGAAUCAGAAAAAACCCAGCACUGGGUGGAAAAGCUUUGCCAGACACGAUUAGAACAAAUUUCCUCUGUGGAGAAUGAUUCUCCUGAGCAAUUUUCUCCAAGCCCACCUGCCCAGCGUCGCCCAGCUGUACCUAUAGUCUCCAAACCAGUCAUGCUGCAUCCUGACCACAAAAGAGUGGUCAGACCAACAAUCAAAGCAGAAGCCCUGGGCUUCCAGAAGUAUGUGGAAGAUUUUGAUCCCUAUACAAUGUUUUCACCUGAUCAGAUUAUGGGGAAAGAUGUGAGACUCCUGCGCAUUAAGAAGGAAGGUUCAUUAGACCUUGCAGUAGAAGGAGGAAUUGAUUCCCCAGUUGGAAAAAUCGUGGUGUCUGCUAUUUAUGAUGGUGGUGCUGCAGACAAGCAUGGUGGUAUUGUAAAGGGGGAUGAAAUAAUGGCUGUGAAUGGCAAAAUUUUAAUGGAUGUUAAACUGGAUGAAGCUCAAGCAACUCUUGCCAAAGCUUGGAAUAUGGGUGGGGAUUGGAUUGACUUGGUCAUUGCAGUGUCUCCUCCCAAGGAAUAUGAUGAUGAAAUGACUUUUUUUUAAUACUACGGGAGGAAAAAAAAUUAUUCAUUUAAAUAGCACCACAAAAAUAAAUAGCAACUCGUUUUUGUCAAAUUGCAAACUUCGUUCAAAAGAGAAGCAUUAAUAAGAUGAACUUGAAAUUUUGCAAAUUAUUCAAAGCACACUUUGAAUAUUUUGAAGUUUAAGCAACAUGUCAUUUCAUUUCCACCUAUAAGUCAUGGUCAGUUUUUGGUUUUAAAUUCCAGUUGCUGAAUAAUUGGCUAGAGAUGAUAAAAUGAAUUGGGGCCAAUCUUGAAACUAUCCUAAAUGUACCGUAUGUGGAACUGCUUAGACACUCAACGUAUCCACACACUAUAUUCAACACAGAUACAAUCUGUGUACAGUGUACACACUAUUAGAUUUGUAUGCAUUUAGUUAUUCGGGCGUUAUGCUCAAUGUACAUACAAUAACAUACUUCCAGUUUGUAUUCUGCAUUUAUGAGGACCUAUACCUAGCUUUAAAUUUAAAAUGUACAAUAUAAAAUCUGAAUAGGUCUGUUGUUCUCAUGACAAAAGAGGGUUACAUCCUUUGCCACAGGCAGAUUUUGAAAUACAGAUUCAGAAGCAAUAUAGUCAAGGAGUGGCUAAAAAUGUAUGCUCUAUUAUGGCAUAUUUUCUUAUAUGUAAGAGAUCUUAUGUUAUAAUCAAAGAGAAUCACUCUUUGAAAUGCAUUCUUUGGCCCUUACACACAUUGAAUGUCCUGUAUAGAGGCUUGGCUGUAAACCAAUAAACUGCCACCCAGAGUUUUUAAAUAUGUGAUUCAGAGGUUUUCAUUGAAUUAAGUGCUAUUAUAUUUGUGUAAAUUGUCACUGAAUCCUUGUAACUCAAAUAAUAUUUAGAUUAUUUAUAUGAAAGUCUUCUUUGCUGAUAAGUGGAUUUCACACAGUGAGCAAUGCUUUAGUCAGUAAUUAGGCUCUUUACCAUGAAUCAAAUCAACGUACAAUCGAGAGAGACUAAAAUGCUUGAAUUCAAAGACAACCACAGACCUGUUUCUUCUGCUGAUAUUCAGUAUCACCAGCAAUGUACUGAAACCACAUUAUAUCAUCCUUGCUAUUUACAUUAGAGGAACAAGUGGGAAUAGAAUGGAGUUAAGGAGUGCAGAAAAGAGAAGGCCAGUGUGGUCCCAGAGAGGUUUUGUUGUAGGUGAGAUUUAAGGAAGAAAAGGGCAAGGAUUGACUAAUGAAGAUAUUUUUAAUCAGUUUCAUCUUCAAUGUUCACACCUAGAACCGAAAGGUGACAUAUGUAAUGCAAUAUCUUUUACUCCAGCAAUACUUUUACAGUGAACCUAUUGUGAAAGAGAAUAUAAGAAUGUAAGUAUUGUGAAAGAGAAUGUAAGGGAAAGUAUUUUGAAAGUUAGUGAAAGAAAAUGUUUGUUUUGAAGUUCUGAAGAAGUUUUCAAGAUUAUAGCAUAUUUACUUUAGAGAGAAGUCAUAUCUGGACUUGUCUUAUAUGCACAUAAAAAGCACAAUCCAUAUCCUAUUAAAAUAAAUGGUACAACUGUUAUCUGAUUGCAAUUAUGCUAGAUAAAACCAACUUGCUCUAAUUCAGUGAAUACAAUGUGUGUGUGUGCGUGAAUGAAACAGAUUUUUAUAUGCAGAUCUCCUCUGUUACAUGACAGAAAAGACCACAGCCAACAAUUCAGUUACUCAUUCAUAAUGCAUUUUCAUCAUCCUGUGCAUCCAUGUGUGGAAGACCAUGCAAUAGGCACUGCCCUGCCUAUACAUAGCCCUGAGCUGCUUCUAUGGGUUCUAGAUCAGGGCAAAAAUCUGUACUUUUUCAGAAACUGCUGCAAAUAAUAGCAAUACAGAAUAUCCUUAGAGGAAAUAAAUUGGUCUUGUUUUAGUAUAGAUUUCCCCCCCCCCCAUAACAAUCAUGAAUGACUAUCUCAGGUGUUUCUUCUGUGAAAUAACCUAUAGUGUAUCCAACAGUUGAGUCCUAUUGUAUGGUCAAGGCUGUCAUAAUACUUCACCCCUGCUAAUUGGACAAAGAGGCAAUUUUUAAAGUGGCACUUCUCUUAUAUUUAGCAGGGAGUGAACAGGCCCUAUUCAGUCCCUGCACAGCAUCCCUCCAGUGUGUUUCACUGGAAACACCUUGUGUUUCUUUUGAGACUAUGAGCCCUAUGGGGACAGGGAAGCAUCCUCUUCUUGUUGUUCUUUUUCUGUGUAAACCACAUUGAGAACUUUUGUUGAAAGCCAUCAUCAUCGUCGUCAUCAUCAUCAUCAGAUAAGGCAUAUAUGAAGAAAACAAUAAAGGUGCGGAGAUUCGAGCUGGCAACCUCUGGCUUGCAGAUUCAUAAUUGUAUUCAAUGUGAAGUUUGUUACAUUUAAUGUAUGUACAAAAUGGUUUUUUAAUAUUCAAAAAGGCACUGAUAUGAAUAAUUCAAAGUUGUUUGGUUCUUUAAAUUGCUCUUGAAUCUUGACAGAUACAAUACAUACAUUUUCUUCAUUUCUGUGUAUUCAAAGAAUAUUUUUGCUAGAUCUUUCACUAGCAUUAUUGUUCCGAUGUGCCAAAAUAUCAAAAUACACAUCAGAAUUUCUUAACUGCCUUUUUUUUUUGCAAUAAAAGGGUUGUUGCCAAACAC